AUGGAACUCUACCCUGGCGGAGACCUCUUUGAGCAAGUGAUGAAGCAUGGGCCCAUGAAGGAAGCAGACAGCGCUGAAGUGAUGCUUGGGCUGCUGUCCGCUUUAGCACAUGUCCAUAGCCUGGGCAUCGUGCACCGCGAUGUGAAAUGCGAAAACAUCUUGAUUGCUGAGAAUCGAGCGAUUCUCGCUGAUUUCGGCAUUGCUGCGAGCCUCGCAGAUACUGGAGCAAUGGACAAGAGAGUUGGUUCCCCUGGCUACGCGGCGCCUGAGGUUCUGACGGGCGAGCCGUACAGCGAGAAGAUUGAUGUCUUUGCCGCUGGCGUCGUGCUGUACUAUUGCCUGUCUGCUGUUCUUCCAUUUGCAGACAGCAGUGUCGAGAAAAUUCUUGCUCGCACUGUGCGUGCUGGCCUCAGACUGACAGUCGUUGCCCUUUUGUGUGAACAAGCCUUGAAACCGCUGAUCGUUGCAGACUUGUAG